GUGACGUCAUGGCCGGUGAAAAUCCCCCGUGGCCGCGGGAGCGGCGCUGGCGGCGGCGCGGCCCCGUGGCCCGGUGCGGCCCGGCCCGGCCGGCAGCAUGGCCAAGCACCACCGCACGCCGGCGCGCUCCGCCGAGCCCGUCAUCGAGGUCAAGAGCAAGUUUGAUGCCGAAUUUCGCCGCUUUGCCAUGAAACGCUCCGGUGCAGGCAGCUUCCAGGACUUCUACCGCUUGCUGCAGACGGUGCACCAGAUCCCACGGGUGGAUGUGCUCCUGGGCUACACAGACAUCCAUGGUGACCUCCUGCCAAUCAACAACGAUGACAACUACCACAAAGCCCUGUCCUCUGCCAACCCCCUCCUCAGGGUCAUCAUCCAGAAGAAGGCAGAGUCUGAUGCCAGCGUCUUCGCCUCGAACUCCUUGCAGCGGAAGAAGAAGGGGCUACUGCGCCCCACGCACUACCGAGCCAAGCCUCACCUCCUCAUCGGGAUGCCCCAGGACUUCCGCCAGAUCUCUUCCAUCAUCGAUGUGGACAUCCUGCCCGAGACCCACCGCCGUGUGCGGCUCCACAAGCAUGGCUCUGACAAGCCGCUGGGCUUCUACAUCCGUGACGGCGUUAGCGUGCGUGUGGCCCCGCAGGGUGUUGAGAAGGUGCCUGGCAUCUUCAUCUCCCGCCUGGUGAAGGGCGGCUUGGCCGAGAGCACAGGGCUGCUGGCGGUGAGCGACGAGAUCCUGGAGGUCAAUGGCAUCGAUGUGGCCGGCAAGUCCUUGGACCAGGUGACAGAUAUGAUGGUGGCCAACAGCCACAACCUCAUAAUCACCGUUAAACCGGCCAACCAGCGCAACAACGUCAUUCGCAGCAGCAAGGCCUCGGGCAGCUCGGGCAUGUCCACAGACAGCACCCCCAGCCAGCAGACGCCCAGCCCGGCCUCACAGUAUCUGAGCAACUACAGCACGGCCGAGAGCGACGAGGAGGGCGACCUGGUCAUCGAGAGCGACAGUGCAUCCCACUACAUGCCCGGGGGCUGCCCCAACGGGGGCCCUGCGGACGGACCCCUCCAGCGGAGCGUGUCCCCGCACAGCUCGCGGGGCUCCCUGCAGUCCCUUGGCAGCCACGACGGCAGCCCUGGCCGGGGCAGCGGGCGGGAGGACGGCACCCUGCUCACCCUAUAGCCGCAGGGUCCUGUGCUGCCCUGGCCAGCUGGCCGGGUUUCUGCACAGCUGGGCUGGUUUUGAGCACGGGGGCGAUGACAGGUGGGUUGGCAGGGGCGAGCGGGCCUGUCCGCUGCCCUCUCCUGCUGCCCAUGUCCCCAGGAGCCCUGCUGCAGCAUCUGCACCCACCAGGUGCUGCCCCUCCAAGCCCCCAAGCCUCCCACCCCCUCCUUCCAAACAAGCGGGGUUUUUUAAUUGUUUUAUUGAAAUAUGCAUCAUCAAUUAAUAUAUUGCAAUGGACAGUAAAACCUUUUCUAGAAAGCA